AUGCGCCGAGCCAGAGGACUGAUAGUGGGCUGCGCCGGUGCAGGAAAAACAACUCUGCUUAGACAGCUUCAGAGGACUCAAACAAGCCAUUGUCCAUGUUCAACUGAAACAACCAUUGGUCUUGAAAUUCACGAAGAUCUGUUUGAAGUAAAAGACGACACCUUAGUAGACUUUAAUUCCAAAAACGAAAACACAGAAGAUGGAAGUCAAGACAAACAGAUAAUAAGUAUGACGGACUUCGCCGGUCAAGUAGCGUAUUACGCAUGUCACCAGAUUUACCUCUCAAGAAGAGCCUUUUACCUGGUUGUUAUGGAUUUGUCUAAAGGACUGAAUGAAGUUGUUCACACACAAGACACUGAUCGACACAACCCAAAAGGAUCUUUAUUUCAUGGCUGGGCAUACAAAGAUUACUUUCUGUUCUGGCUGCGAUCAAUAAAAACGUACUGUGAUGACGGAAACAAACAGGAAACAACGAACAGUCCAGUUAUCCUCAUUGCCUCUCAUCACGACUGUUUAAAAUGUUUACCAGAGGAACAUACAUUGAAAGGUCUUAUUUCAAAAACACGUUACUAUGAAGUAGAAUGUCCAAAGGAAAAACGUUUGGAUGAACAUCAAGCAGAAAUGAUAGAAAAUGUCAGAAAAUGUAUCGUUCGUACUGCACGAAAUCUAUCACACUGGGGUGAAAAAAUACCAAUAAUAUGGACAAUAUUUGAGCACUUUGUUAAAGACAUGAAGGAAAAGACAAUGAAAAUUUUAAGCAGAAAUGAACUACAAAGAAAGAAGGAAUUCAAAUCCUUAGACGAAUUUCAGAUAUCCGACAUGCUUAGAUAUUUCAAAGAGAUAGGUCUUAUUAUUUAUUUUGCCGAAGACGGUCUACAAGAAAAUAUUAUCAUUGACGUCCAGUGGUUUGUAGAUGCAUUUAAAAAUAUCAUCACUGACCCAACUCAUGCUGAACCCUUUUGCGAAAGGGUCAAGGAAUGGGACAUCUUCAUGAAAACCGGCAGGAUUUCGGAUCAAACACUUGUCAAGAUAUGGGGGAAAAAUUCUUCUUAUGUUACUCAAAAGGAUAUCAUUAUCCCCUACAUGGAAAAACUUGGUAUUCUUGCUAUAGUUAGAACAGAAGAAGCAACUAGAAAGAAAAUUGGAGCAACAAAAACGAGAACUGUAUACUACAUCCCUAGUAUUAAUAAGACCGACUUUACGAAUAAAUGUAGGAAGAUUACAGAAAAUGUCAACAAAACUCCGGUUUUAGCAUUUUCUUUCAAGACGUACAUACCGCAUUUCUUUUUCUUCAGACUUGUAGCUCUAUGUUUCUCUAGGUGGGAACCCUUGCGUGAUGACCUGCUAUUCAAAAAUGUUGCUUUUUACAAAGACAAAGGUGGUGACCAAAACAUUGCUAUUGCAGUAAACAGAACGUCCAUUCAGUUGCAAGUCUUUACCCCAGAUGAUACAAUCCAGCUUAAAAAUGACAAAACCAAACAGAUUAGAUUGAAUAUUGAAGAGAUGAUUGAGGACAUUACCACUACAUUCCAUCACCAAGUUCUUUAUGAGGUCGGAUAUCCUUGUAAAAAUAUAAAUAUCACUGAUGAGGAUGAAAAUUGUUUCUUACGUGAAAGAAAUGUUGCCGAACUGAUAACGAAUAAAAGAAUUUGCCCAAACUACGUCCCUCCAUCAGAACAUGAGAAACACGACAUAGACCGUGAUGAACUAUUAUAUUAUUGGUACACGGGCCCGCUUGUUCAAAAGAUAGUUAUGGAAACGAUGUGUUAA